UAAAAUAUGUGACAAACAAUGUCAAUGAACAUUUUCAUUGUGCAGUAGUUUUUUAGUUAUAUUUUUAAUAAUUUUAAGUUGUUGAUUUAUUUCCACCUAAAUUCUUGUUAAAAUGGCUAAUCCAGUUCCCUCACCAGAGGAUAUGCUCACCUGUCCGUUCAUCUGUCCGCAGACUGAGGCAGGCUCUGAUAACAAGCAGGUAUACUUGCAAGCGGGGCAUAGACGAAAAGGCGAGAAUCCUUACGCAUCUCCUUACGUGCCUGGCCUCAUUAAACCACCAGAGAAGAAGAUCUACCCCCCUAAUGCACCGCCUCAGUAUCUCCCUCAGCCGACGGACAGCACCAGCGGCGACUUCCUCGGGAUGGGGCCUAUCGGACCCUGGGCUCCCGGCCACGUGAACUGGACGCCCCAAGCCGGCAUGACGGGCGUCCGACCUGUAGUCGACAAAUAUUCCAUCACUCACUAUUCUACCGGAGAAUGGAGAAGGCAUAACUUGUACAUGUUGACUCCAAAAGCGACUGACAAAGCAAAAGCGUUAGAUGCUUCCAUCAAAAAUGAUCUUAAAAACGCUUUUGACAGUUUAGAUAAGAAGCAGAGUGAAACUACAGAUACUUUAAAGUCGAGAGUUAAAGAUAUGGCUUAUUGGAAGAAACAGGUGGAGAAAGCUCUAAAUGCAAUGAAACACGAAAUCAAGACUCUAGAUGCUGAUAGAGCCAAAUUAAAGAGUGCUUGCAGAAUUUUGAUGUUGCCUGAAGCUAUUUCAAGAGAAUGCUUAGAACUCCGUACUCAUAGGUAUGAACCAGAUUUGGUAAGAGAUGAUGCUGAACAAGAAUUAAUAAAAGAAGUGGCCAUCGUUGGAGAAAUAAGGCGGGUGUUCCAGGAAACUUUGGCGAAGGUAGAAACGCAGAUGGCUUAUAAUAGAGCAGCUAAAGCUAGUAUUGAGUCAGAUUGGAGUGACAAGAUGACAUCUUUGAAGGUAGAUAGUAAAAAUUUACAUAUGACGCCUGAAUCGAACCUGAUCCUUCAUCAUCCGGGAUCAGCUCGGUGGACUGAAAAUGCAACUACUCUAGAAUUUUGGGAGCAUUUUUGCAAGGAGAGUAUUAGAAACUGUGAUGAAGUUCGGCAGAAGUCUGCCGACUUGCGAGCCGACUUGAUGACAGCAAUCAUAAAAGGGUCUCAAGAUAUGAAAAUCCAAGCUGAUAGAACGAAUUAUGCGCUCGGAGAAACAGUGGCCGCAACAGAACAAUUAUGUGCGAAGCUCGAAGAAACUUUGAAGGACAAUUUGCAGACUAUCGCCAAUGUAGAGAAGCUUAUUGACCAUUUGAAUGAUUCACUGAGAGAAGUAAAUGAGCGAGACAAACUGUCGGGCACGAGGUUACAGAAUCGGAACUACAAUAGGCCUAAUGUGGAAAAUUGCAGAGAUAAGGCUCAGUAUGCCCUGAUGGGCGAAGCGAAGUUUGUUAAAGAGACUGUUGACUCGCUAAAUGGCAAAUUGAGAGAGGCUGAGGCUGUGAGAGCAGAACUCAUGAAGUAUAGAGGACAACUCGAGAGGGAGAUCGCAUGCAAGAGAAAAAGUUUGAACAUAGAUCAGGACAGGCUCGCGAGGGUAAGAGCACAUUUACCCUCACCUGAAGAAUUCGCUAAUGCUUAAGAGUGUACACAAAUUGAAGAGUCAAUAAAAAAUCAGUUUUAAAACCUCA